AUGACUGAGUCCUCAUUCCCUUUCCACAUUGCCUCAUGGCCUAUGGAGAACCUCGAUUUUCAUAUGGGACCAAGCGACGAACUCGGUCCAUACCCAUUCAUCGCCAGCGACUUUCCCUUGACCACCGACGAGGGACUGGAUCCUUUCUGGACAGCAGAGCAGCUGAAUUGGGUGAAUACAUACCCGACCAAGGCAGCCGCAACACAGCCAUACCCCCAGUCAUGGUAUGAUUUCGGUCUACCAAUCAACCCCCUUGCAAAACGCCGAAACCCCCCGAUUCGUGGCCACACAGAUUUCAAACUCGCGAGUCAAAGAGCCCUGUUUAUGACCCCUUCUCCGAACGCCCUUCCCUUCCCGGGAUCACCUAUUUCAGAUCCCUAUGCUUCCCCAGAACCAAGUCAUGCUUCCUCCAUAGGCUGGCCCGGGGAAGAGCGUGAUGAUGCACAGUAUACGCCUUUCCAUUCUGAACCGUCAAAAACAAAUAUUCAACCACAAGCCCGGAAUAACGGCAUAAAUUCCCCACACCGCGAAUGUUCAACAACCAACGAGGAGUGUUUCACACCACUCGAGAUGCCGGAUGGCAGUACUCGCCUGACAACAAAUUGGCUACCCGUCGACUGUGACGCGGGGUUUACAAUUGGUUCUCCUAUCGCCCACGAACAAGAUGUCGCGGCGUUUCGUUCUGCCAUGAUGAUUGAUCAGAAUUCUACAUUGAAAGAUAUGCAGCACGCGUUCUUCCCAUCCGAUCCGGCGGCUUGGUCUUAUGAUCGAUGA